GGACUUUAUGUGUAGAAAGCUGCGCGCGCAUUGCGCGUGUCCACCGCGCAACAACAAAAAUACACCGCCCGGCGCAUUUGACGGCGAACAGUUGACGCGCGAGCAUCUCUAGAGGCACGGGUCGUUGACGUACCGAGAAAAGGCGAAAAAAAAAGAGACACGUAGAGGCGAAACGAAACCGGGAGGUAGCUGUCGCAGAGCAUUCCGCUUUUGCACGCGAAAAAUCGUACGCCCGCAGACGCGCGACGUCGUUUUAGACACAAAGCUUGGUACAUACAGUGAGAGUGACGAAAAUGGUGUCCGGCGGUAUGACUUGCGUGAAGUAUCUGCUAUUCCUCUUCAACCUGAUAUUCGCGAUCACUGGUAUCGUGUUUAUCUCGGUUGGUGCGGUGAUUCUUGUCGUUUAUAAUGGGUACAACAACUUUGUGGAUAGUUGGUUCUUCGCAGCGCCAGUGUUAAUGAUAAUAGUCGGCGUCAUAGUCUUCCUAGUAUCAUUCUUUGGAUGCUGCGGCGCUGUAAAGGAGAAUCAUUGCAUGAUAAUUACGUUCUCAGUUCUGCUGUUGCUGAUAUUCGCCCUGGAACUGGGUGCCGGAAUCACUGGUUACAUGAUGAGGGGCGAAGUUUCCAACAUGCUAGAAAACCGUCUUAACAGCACUUUACGAGCGUACAACACUAAUGAGGACAUUCGUCGUUCAUGGGAUAUUAUGCAACAUGAUUUGCAAUGCUGCGGUAUCGACGGCUUCACAGAUUGGCAGCGUUAUGGCGGUUACUCACCCAAUAACGCUCCUAAUUCCUGCUGUAAGGAGAUUCCUUCUCCUCAGAACAAAUGCGACUCGAAUUCGAUCAAUACGAUUUACAACGAAGGCUGCAUGAACAAACUGCAAUCUGCUAUAGAAAGUAACGCUAUGAUCCUGGGAGGAGUGGGCAUAGGCAUAGCCCUCAUACAGUUGAUUGGAGUAAUCUUUGCGUGCUGUCUGGCUCGCUCAAUUCGCCGCGAAUAUGAGACUGUCGAAACCACAGCACACUGAUCUGCCAUCAAUUAGGAGGCAUUUUUCAUAAUAUUGUUCAUCAUACAUUGGUUGAUAAAUACUUGUAGAUUCAUUACGACCGUAAUCAUCCUUAUUGUGCUUAUAAAUAUAUACUCAAAGAGGAAUGAUGUCACAAGUAUUUAGUGUACAGUGAUAACUUAAGUUAGUCAUGUUUCGGUAUUUAAUGCAUGUAAAAUUACAUAUUUUUGAAGAGAAUGCAAAGUAGCAUUUCUACUUACGCUUGUUUCUUAUAAAAGAAAUAGAAAAAAAGAACAUUUCAUUGAAUAUGAACUUUUCUUAUUAAAUUUAAUACCAAAUUACUGCCAAUAUCUGCCAAAAAUAUAUAUCACAUGCCAUAAGAACCAAAAAAAAAAAGAAAAAAAUGAACUAGUCGAAAAUGUAUACGAUCUCAUUUACAGAGAUUACCAAUGGAACAUUGAUCAAUUUUGGCACAUGUAUGACGAGGUGCCUGCUAAAUGAUGUGCCAUGAUAUAAUGUCUGACAAAUCUAUUUUUCCAUGUGAUAUGUUUAUACGUAAAGUUUGGUAAUCUUUUAUGCAUUACGUACAGUCUCUAUCAUCAUAAGAGAUAACGUUGAAUGUAGCCAUCAUUCCUCUUAAUUUUUGCCAGGUUAAAAGAAAAAAAAAAGAAAUAAUGAACUAUCUGCAUAAUCUUCCUCAGAGUGCAGAAUGGACAAAAUGUGUAGCGAUUAAUUAUAAACUUGUGUUCUGAUUAUUUAAUACUAUCAUAACAUAGCGUACAUUAUAUUUGAGUGCAUCUUGGCAUCUAUUCUCAUGCCUCCUCAUCGAUAAAAUACAGUCUCUAAUACUUAUAAUAUAUACGAUGUUGUAGUAAUCUUGUAUUAAAUUUGUAAUAAUUUUCCGUGUUCUCUGCGAACAAGAAAAGACAAUGUACUCUUAUUCGUAAUCGACGGUGCCCCGUGAAAUAUAUAUACAUAUAUGUAUAUAUAGCGUCAUUGUGCGAUAUCAGUUGUGUGUACACAAAAAUUCUUUGUACAUUAUGUACUGAUAUGUAACGAAAUUAGCGUAUCUUGACUAAUAGCUCAUUUAAAUGGAGUAUCGAGUGGAAGCUAACUAGCUGUACCCUGUCAAUAAUUUAGCUUAUAAUGUCAGUGAACUCUGAUAUUGAUCCUCUUGUGCUUCAUUGUACUGUAUGCUACUGACAGUUUAUUGCCACAAAAAUAUCUGUGUGCAUUUAAUACUAAGUUUAUUCAUAUUUGGGACCAAAGCAAAAAAAAGAUCAAGAUUAUUUUUGAGUAAUAAGUUAUUUCAAAAAAGAAAUAACAGAUUGAGAACAAUUAUGUGAUAUUGUCAGAACUAUGAAGACUUUUCUUAAACUUUUCAUUUGAUGCCUUUUUCCAAUAUUAAAAGAAUUUGUCAUAAUAUUGGAAAAGGAGUUCACAAUGAAAAUGAAAUUAUUAUAUAAUAAUGCAUUUCUACUUAUUCUCACUUGCUUCCAUUUAAAGGAGAAACAUUCUUUAAAUGUAAUUUAAAAUUGAUACUAAUUGGAUGCAUUAAAUAACAUUACAUGCGUUUACAUGCGGUUACAUUGAAAAAUGUACAAAUUCUUCUAUUCUUCUUUUUAGAUUUUCAUAUAACAAAUAAGAGAAAAAGAUUUAGAAAUUUCACUGCGUCUUGUCGAUUUCACGAAUUCAAGUACUACAAUUUAAAUUUAAUUAUUAUGUAAGUUUCUGUAGUCUUGUGUAUACAAUAAGUGAAAAAUUUAAAUAUAUUGCUUUUGGAUAUGUACUAAACAUUAUUAGAACAUAUGUGUCUGAAAAAAUGGAGAACUAAUUAUCACAAAGAAUUUAUAUGUAAGAACAGAGUAUUAAUAUAUAUAUUUACUAUUUUAAUGUACUGUUAAAAUAAUUUAAAUUUACUAUCGGCACACACACAUACACAGUGGCAAAUGCACAAGAUCUCAGAAAUAAACAUGAACGUCCGUAGAAUAAUCAUAGCAGCAGAAACAUAGAAGUAAUAGCUACGCGAGAUAUUAAAGUGUGCCUAACAUAGUAACGUUUAUGUUAUAA